AUGACUACAAUCGAUUUAUUGCAACGCUAUCCACCCCACAAGGACUUCACGCAACAUGAUGAAGCCCCAGAUACAUUGAAAGCCUUCAACGGCAAGAAGCCUGACCGCACCAUGCCAAACCCGGAUUCUUCCCAAUACUUUGACGCAAAAGCCAAGCUCUUAAAUGACAUGCUUGACAGAGUGGUCAAAGAUCUAGCCAACAGUCAGUCAGAACCCGCCUCCGAGUGGGAGGGUACUUUUUGGAGGCCUCCUCUGCGCCCGAGAUCACGAUCACCUGCCUACUCUGAGAUCUCGGAGUCGUUCGAAUCGCCUGGUCGGAUCGAGCACUGCACCGACAAUCUUCUGUCAACUCCAAUUUCGCCAACGUCUGCCCAGUUCAAAGGCCCGGAUGGAUGGCCUUUAGGCAUCGAAGUUGCUAUGAACGAUUUUCAUAGGGGGAGACUGAGUACUUCUGUCUUGCAAGAGAAAGAGCUUCCCAACCCCUUGAUUCUGCGCAGUCAAAAGCAACGGACGCCUCGUUUUGGCGGCAAUGGCAAUCGAGGAGGGCAAGAGACCGCUAGUUGCGAGAGUGUACCUUCUGAACAACACGGCGACGGUCAACACCAACAGGAGCGUGAGGGUCUCAAGCCGCUUGCAUUCCAAGAGCAGCAGAGUAAUCGGCUUUUGCAACAGUACGGCGAAAGGCAAGAUCACCUAGACAGUGUGAGCCUCAAGCCCCUCGCUGCCCUACAGCAGAGCUUCACACGUCCUCAGCAACCAAGUGACUGUCAAUACCGACAGGAGAGUGUGGACCUCGACCAUGCUGAAAUGCAACAGCAGAGUGAUGAGGAGAACCAUUUGACUCUUUCUGCUCGGAAAUAUAGUGAUAAGCAAAAUUCACUUGGAAACGCUAGUUCGGAGUUUUAUCCCGCUCUAGCACAUGGCAAACUGCCAAUCGGGCUGGCUUUUGAAAACGCGAGCCUCGAACUUUCUACUUUUCACUUUCACGGCGAAGAACAGGAUGGGUUUUAUGCGCAAAUAGAUGGUACACGUCUUCUCUAUAAGGAUAGCCCGCAGAGAGCGCUAAGCAAUUCACCACCUCGCUACAAAGUCACACAUGAGGAUGCACACCAAGCAGAACUACGCAUCCACGUAUUGGCCGACGCGCUCUAUGAGAAUCCUGAUUCGUCGAAAGCAUUAAGCCCAUCUGAAAAUAUUGGGGUGGGGAGCAUUGAUCGUGAGAUUGGCUGUCAGAACACAUUCGAGGAUAGUGAAAACGACACACUUCAGGGCAUUGGGCCAGUGACAUCCGAGGACAGUGAGGCCGAUACUGACAGUAACAUCGUGUUCUGGAAGACGUCAGGCCCACUCGAGGACAUUCUCGAGGAAGACCCACUUACAAGCAUUUUCACGCUCGAUCAAGACCAGCCUCAACACUUCGCUCCAGGGUCCGCCGAACAUCUCGAUCUUCCAAAAUUAAUCGGGGCAGGCGAAAGACGCGACAGCAUGCUCGCACUCCAACGGCUUCAGACCGAACCAUCCAGCCUAUCGUUGAGUUCACCGCGUGUUCUGCCCACAUUAAAGUUGACGAUCAGCCCUUCCAGCAAGCCGCAAUUUGAAUCGACCAAGCCAUCAAGGCACCGCCCUACUGACGUAAAGUCUUCCGAAUCAAUUCUAUCGGCUACUACAAUGGCGGAGUUGAAAGAUGCUACUCGUGGAAAAGGGCGUCUCUGUGCAGGUUCUUUGGCAGAAAUGAGAAAGACCGCAGAGUCUCAACCGCAUUUCCAAACCGGGUCUGAUUCACCAAAAGACCAGUCUCAAGCGGAUAUCCAUCCAUUGUUGCGGUCCAAAUCAUUCUUUCGUCCAUCAUACCAGCCUAGCAGAAUAUUUAACGAUACCUCACUAAGAUAUGUUUUCGAAGACGAUGACAGCGAAAGUCAUGAAGCUGAAGUAGGGGACAGCUCCAGCCAUCAGAUUACCAUUCAGCAUCGUUCAUUGUUUCAACCCGAAGCUCAAGAUGCCGAGAGCGUUGUCACUCAGAUAUCCAUGAAAGAACAUCCAUUACCGCAGCUCGGCAAGGUGACAGAUGAUACAGUACCGAGAUAUACAUGCAAUGAUGAUGAUACGGAAGGUCAUGAAGCUGAACAUGGGGGGCCCUUCACCCCUCACUGGUCCACUUUGAGGUCUUCAAACGACACCACGCUCGUACCGUCACUGGAAAACACAAGCUGCCUACCUUCUACUUCGCCGUCAGCAACGAGCCAUCUUUCCGCUUCGGCGGCUGGGUCGCCAGACGUGAUGCCGUCCUCUAUCUUCCAGCCCUCGAUCUUGCCAUCAACGACGGGCUACUACCCGGCGAUUGGAUCGCCUGCAGCAUACAACUCUUGGGCCUCAACUCCACAAUUUCCCGGACGUAGUAAUUCUUCGAGCACACCUUCAUCAUCGGCUACCCUUCCUACCAGCACGAUUCCGACCCCAAACACAUCUUUCCAUAGCAAUUCACCUACUUCUCGCGGAAUGACGAUGACACCAAGCUCAUCUUUUGGCCAAUCCGUCGACAACGUACCUAAUUCUCGUGGCACCACAAUGACACCAAGCUCGUCUUUCAGUGAUUUUACCGGUAACAGAAAUUACCGACGCUCAGCCUCGGUUUCCAGUAUGUUCGCUCGUUAUCAUAAGGCGCGCUGCCCCGACCUUCCAACUGCCGCGAUGACCGACUCCAUACUGUCUUCGAAAGAGUCCGCCGAAAGGGCAAAUGAUCCGUUCACAUCCACCUGUGACACUUCUACGCCAUUCUCUUUGAACCUGAAGACACCCAGCAAAGAAGACUUGGCGGUUACCCUAAAUACAGGCGUUGACCAAUUUCACAUUCCCACCAAGCGCACCCCUGGUCGCUUUAGCCUACACAGGCGAAGUCUCAGCACUUCGGGACGUCCCAACCUGAAUGAAGGCAUUGAGCGCGCUCUUUCUACCGUGAUUUUCAAUCCUCAACGCUCUCGCCUUCACAAACGAAGCAACAGCAUCUCCACGUCUAUCGAUACCACUGUAAGACCAGACGGCAGCGGUCUCGGACAUAGACGCAGUCUCAGCAUAGCCACUACUGUCGAACAGAAAUGGGAGAUCGCUCCGCCGCCGACUCCCCUGGGACUGCGUGAUGAAUUCUCAAUGCGGUACAGACCGGAACCCAAUGAAGCCAAUAAUCAUUACUCCCCGCGUAAGGACGCCUUGCAGGGGAUGAAGCACGGAUUGAAGAAGGUUUUCGGUCGCAAGUGA